UAUCCGGUUUAACUAAGUAUAUAUACACCGAUGUUGGCUUGUAGAUUAUUAUUGUUUUACAACAGAACAGAACAAGGCGCAAGUUUAUUUAAUCAUAAGGUGCAGUAAAGACGGAACAUAGCCAACAUGCUGAGAACAUUCAUUGGAACGGUCGUACUUUCUGUGACAGCUUUGGCGGCACCAGCUAGCAACACGACUCCUUCGACGACAACCGAAAAACCUAAGGACAUUUUCGACUCUGCUAUUUUCUUAUGUGGGAACUACUUACACCAAGACGCUUUAUCAAUGUUAUUUCCUCCUUCCGACCAAUCACUUCCAAACAUUGUUAAUGCUACGCGAGCUAAAAUAGUUCACGCUGAAAGCUAUGGACGCUUCUGUGACAAGAUUGAUACUUAUACAGCAUGUGUGAAAUUGUUAGUAAAUCGCAGCUUUAGCCCGAUUGACGACCUUCUUAAACACUAUAUUGACCUUGACAAUUUUUCAACGGCUAUGGGUAUAUUUUGUUCUAAUAAUACCUUAGUAACAGACAAUUUUAUGUGUACAAAAAGUCAGUCUGAAACCCACAGCUGUCCAUACGGAGGAAUGUAUGGUAUUAUGGCAUAUGUCUCUAUGGCAGUACAAAAUGGUCUUCAUAAACAACAAUAUUGUGACGAAUUCCGAUCAUCUGUCCGAUGCCGAGUUGACAAACAAUUAAAGCCGUGUGGUGCAGAAUAUGCCGAGAUGAUGGAAGGUGUUUACACGAAAUUAGUACAAAAUAUAUGCAAAAUUCGUUGAAAAUAUUGUAUUUAUAGUCUCAGAAAUAAUUAAAAAUAGUAAUAAAGUAAGAUAUUUCAAAA